UCUCAAAAUAGGAAAGUUUAGUAUAGAUGCUCACGGAAAGAAUUAGGCAAAAAUCAUUUAAUGCGAUACAAAAGAAACCAAGAAAGAGAGAAGCAAAAUUCACUUUUGCAUUCCUUCGGCUCCGAAGAGAUCGCCGGAUACUUCUCCACGUCUCUCCAACCGAGUCCCGCCGUCCGCCGUCUCUCUCUCUCUCUCUCUCUCUCUCUCGGCCUGAAACUCCGGCGAGCCGACCGCCGUAGAUGAGAGGCAGAUGGGAGGCCCGAACGCUCCGAGGAGGCUCUCCGGGAUGCAGAAGCAGGUGCUCGCCCUCUACCGCGGGUUCCUCCGGGCGGCCCGACCCAAGCCCCCCGACGAUCGCCGCCGCGUCGAGUCGAUCGUCUCCGCCGAGUUCCGCCGCAACGCCCGCCAGGUAGACCGCAAGAACUUCCUCUACAUCGAGUACUUGCUCCGCCGCGGCAGGAAGCAGCUUGAUCAGCUCAAGAGCCCCGACACCACCGGGUUGUCUUCUCUCAAUUUCGUUCCGCCUUCUCGAUCGAUAGACUCGAACAAGUAGAGCGAGUUUUGGUCUUCGGGGUCGUAUUUUAUCUGGGCCUAAGUUAAACUGCUCAAGUGACGAUUGCUUUUGGGGAAAAGUUUCAUUCCAUUCAGGAGAAGUUCGAGCCCGUAGUAAUUUGACUGUGUUGGAGUAUUUAAAUUGUUGUUGCUGCUCAAGUUUCAUUUUUUUUGGAUAAAAUUUGAGGUUGGCGAUGAUUGGCAGAGUGCACUGCUUACUCCCAUUGUAAUUGGUAACGACAUUGGUUUCAUUUGUCCAUUUAUUUAAUGGAAUAAAUCUUCCAUUUUCUC